GUACUAUUCAGAAGCUCCACCAUGGGAAUGAUGUGGUUGUCUACGGUGGAUAAGUGGAACUUGCAUCGUCAUGAUAUCCACCGGUGAAGUGAUUUGCGCCCGCCCGUGGGGCUGAGGGCUGUCAUGGGUUGUCAUCUUGUGCUGCGGCCGAUAUGAUGCCAGAUUUACGGCUUGUUUGUGAUUAUUUGUAGAGAUUCGAGAAACCGCGGUGAUCAUCUGCAUGUUUUCAGAUGAGGAUACAACCCUCGUUCAUGCCGUGCAGAAGCAAUAUGCUUCCCUGAACCUCAAGUUACCAACCGGAACUUUCACGAUUCUAGCUGCAAUCGCCUUGAUUUCGUCUGAUUCUUUAACAAUUCAGCCAAAGAUCAUCGGAUUAGCUACGGGAUGCAAGUGCCUUCCAAAGGACAAGCUUCCCCUGCAAGGCGAGGCUGUGCAUGAUAGUCAUGCAGAAGUUCUCGCUCGCCGCUGCGCCAUUCGCUGGUUGAUCGAAGAGAUCGGUAGGGCGGCCUCUGGUGGAUCGCAUUGGCAUUCUGCGUGGAUAACAAAAAUGGCAGAUGAUCGCUAUCGUCUUAAAGACGGCGUCUACAUGAUCAUGUAUAUAUCGACACUUCCUUGCGGAGACGCUUCUAUGCGGUUCCUCGCUACCUUCCAAGAUGAGGAGAUGGCGGCACUGAAGGACUCUGCAGUGUUCCCACCUUUGGCCCCCGAUGUUGCGUCCAGAGGGCGAGAUAAUUACUCCCUUUUCGGUGUUCUCCGUACGAAGCCCGGGCGUGCUGACUCUCCUCAGACACUGUCGUUGUCUUGCAGCGACAAAAUAGCACGCUGGAACGUACUCGGAAUACAGGGGGCUUUAGGCUCAGCCUUUUUUCACCCGAUCUAUUUGAAAAAGAUAAUCAUCGGCGAAGUCCCGCUAGAUCUGCACGACGUCGUAAAGUCUGACUGUGAACGAGCGUUCUGGGGGCGUCUGCAAGAAAUCGAUGGCCUUCCCGAGGGAUACAAAUUGGGUCGGCCGGAAGUCCAGUUUACGUCGGUUGGGUUUAUCCAUUCAAGAUCAGCGCAAGAACAUUCUUCUCCUGCUCAAAGAUCGUGCAAUGAAUCUUUGACUUGGGUCGCAGACUCUGCGUCACCACAUGAGGUACUGAUAAACGGCCUCAAACGAGGCGUCUCUCCCAAACAUCGCUACAAGACGAUGUUCUGGCCCAGGCUCUCAAAGGUCUCCUUGUUUCACCUGUACAGAAAGACGAGGAGCAUAGAGAACCUGCCACUUGAAAGUGAAACAAUGACAUAUUACCAAGUGAAAGAGAGCAUGACCCAGUAUCAGAUGGCAAAAAACUGUUUGCUAGGGAAAGAUCGACCUUUUUCAGGGUGGAUUCGAAGUGGAGCUCGAUGGGAGAACUUCGGUACUAGUAGCGAUAACGGACAACAAAGUACUGACAUUACGAAUUAAACGCCAAAAAGAAAAGCAACGAAAGCGCAUGUAUGUAAGUAAGUGGAAUACAACGUGAUCAAUAGCUGGGGUAUAUAUUAAGAAACACAGCAAAUUGUUAUAUGUGACGUUCCAAGGCGUUUCCAAAACACCCAGAGAUACAAGG